UCCCCAUACACUAGCCACAGACAAUGAAUUGUGCAAAAAAAAAACUGUUACUGUUUGUGAUAGUUGAAACACUCAACUGCUCAAGAAAAAUACACAAGAAUUGGAGAAAGAAGCCAAGUCUUUAUCUUUUUCUUUACUAUUUCAUCAUAAAGUUUAGUUUUUUGAUUGAUAACUAAAACCCUCAAUAGUGUUAAAUUUACAGCCUUUUGAUGUUUCUAGUUAUGGGUUUUCAGUUUACUUAGUGAUCAAAUCAAGAAAAUGGAGUGUUUUGAAACAAGACGGUGGAGAUCAGUUGUUGAAACCUUAAGUUUGUUUAAUGUAAUUGUACUGUUCUACUUUGUUUAUUCAGUUUCAGCAGAAGUUUUGCAUGAAAAACUGGUUUUAUUGGAGUUCAAGAACUCGGUUUCCGACCCAUCUGGUAUUCUCUCCAGCUGGAGAAGUGACAGUUUCAACUAUUGUUCCUGGUAUGGAAUCACAUGCAGUUCAGAUUCUAGGAUUGUGGAGCUGAAGAUACCUGGUGGUAAAGGAGGUAAUGUUUUCGAUGCUCCUUGCUUGAGUUCUUCAGAAUUUGUAUUGCACGGAUAUGGAUACAAAAGGAAUUGUUCUGAUAGGACUGGUAAGUUGGUUGGGAAAUUGCCGCGAGUUAUUGGUAAGUUAUCAGAGCUUAGGGUUUUAUCGCUUCCUUUCAAUGAACUUAGUAGUGAACUUCCUAGCGAAAUCUGGGGUUUAAAAAAUAUUGAGGUACUUGAUCUUGAAGGGAAUGAAAUUACUGGGAAUUUGUCUGGUGGUUUUGACAAUUUUAGGAGACUGCAGGUGUUGAACCUCAGUUUUAAUAGAAUUAAUGGGGAAAUCCCGAAUUCUCUUUCAGAAUGCAGGGGCCUGCAAGUUUUGAAUUUAGCUAAUAAUAAGAUAGAGGGAAAGAUUCCGCGAUACAUUAGUAACUAUGUGAAGUUGAAAGAACUUUACCUGUCAUAUAACUUGUUAAAGGGAUCGAUUCCUGAUAAAUUGGUGAAAAACUGUGGGAGUCUCGAACAUAUAGAUUUGUCUGGUAAUUAUCUGAUUGGAAGAAUUCCUCGCGGUUUUGGUAAAUGUAGCCAAUUAAGAACACUUUUGUUGUUUUCUAAUGCAUUUGAGGGUGUUAUUCCACCUGAACUUGGUAGACUUAAUAAGCUUGAAGUAUUGGAUGUAUCAGGAAAUAGCCUCCAUGGUCGUAUCCCGGCAAUGCUUGGGAAAAACCUGCUUUUCCUUAAUUUGAGUUCAAACAGGAUAAGUGGGCACCUCGAUGUAAAACUUCCAGUUUCCUGUAUGAUUGUGUUUGAUAUUAGUUCAAACUUAAUGUCAGGACUGAUUCCCAGUUUCAACAAAUCUACUUGCAAUUCUUUACCCUCUUCUAAUUUGCGCGGCCUUCUGCAAUCUCCCAGGCUAUCCUCUGCGCGUGUUUCAUCUUUUACAUGCAAGACACUUUCCAGAAAUCCUGCGGCGUUUUCAAGUGUGAGCUUUUCAGUUAUUCAUGAUUUCAGCCGAAAUAACUUCAGUGGUCAAAUCCCACUACUUCCAGUAACCCCUGAAAGACUACAGAAUGAUGUCGAAUAUGCAUUUCUUGCUAGUGGAAAUAAGCUCACUGGUCCAUUACAUGACUUGCUCGGUAACUGUAACGAAUUUUUCAGAAUGAUCAUAAAUGUUUCAGGAGGAAUUCCUCUCAGUAUCGGAAAUUUAAGCUCACUUGUUAAGCUCGACUUGAGUUGGAACAAGUUGCAAGGCCAGGUUCCAUAUGAUCUAAGCCUCAUGAAGAAUCUCAGGUAUCUAUCCUUGGCAGGUAACCACCUAGAUGGAACCAUACCUUCUACAUUUGCACAGUUAACAUCUCUCCGAUGUUUAGAACUUUCGUCAAACUCUUUUUCUGGUGAAAUUCCCCUAGGUCUACUCAACUUAAGCAACCUGACUGUUCUAUUGCUCAAUAACAAUGAACAUGAGUUGUCAGGUAAGAUCCCUUUCAAGUUGUCAAAUACCAGGUCGCUUGCCAAUUGUGACAUUCUACUUGAUAAUAUGAGUGGUAGCAACUUUCUUAGAAAUCCUUCUCUUCGACGAGCUACUUUAUCUUCAAAUCCUUCAGGCGAUGAAAGAGAUAAUUCUGUGGCAUAUCCAGCAGCAAGUGGUUCUAAGAACUCGAGUAAAGGAUUUAGUUCUACCGAGUUGGUUUUAAUAAUACCUGCAUCUGCAAUUGUCGGUAUACUUCUGUGUCUAGUCAUCCUCUUCUACUUUAUAAGAAAAAAUACUCCAAAUUCGAGAGCUCAUGUUUCUGUCUCUUCUGAGAGAAAGGAUAUUGUAGUUUUUAAGGAUAUGGGGAUCCCACUGACUUAUGAAAGUAUUGUUGAGGCAACAGCAAACUUUAAUGGAAACCAUUGCAUAGGAUAUGGGGGUUUUGGUGCCACUUACAGGGCUGAAGUUGCCCCAGGAAUCAUCGUAGCAGUAAAGAGACUCACCGUAGAAAGAUGCCAAGGUGUUCCACAGUUUGAUGCUGAGGUAGGUAUCCUUGGAAGUAUAGAACACCUGAACCUCAUAACGUUAAUCGGUUAUCAUGCCAGUGAAGCUGAGAUGUUCCUCAUUUAUAAUUAUCUUCCUGGGGGUAAUUUGGAGCAGUAUAUUCAAAAACGAUCCGAAAGGGCUAUCAACUGGAAAAUCCUUCACAAGAUUGCUCUGAACGUUGCCAAUGCACUUGCUUACCUUCAUGACCACUGUAAUCCACGUGUUCUACAUCGCGACAUCAAGCCAAGCAAUGUACUGCUGGAUGAUGAAUACAACGCCUACUUAUCUGAUUUUGGCUUGUCGAGGCUUCUGGGAAUCUCUGAUACCCACGCAACAACAAGUGUUGCAGGAACAUAUGGUUAUGUUGCUCCAGAAUAUGCGCUCACUGGUCGUUUAUCUGAGAAAACCGAUGUCUACAGCUACGGUGUGAUGCUUCUUGAGUUGAUAUCCGACAAGAAAGCUCUGGAUCCUUCUUUUUCAUCGUAUGGAAAUGGCUUUACAAUCGUAUCAUGGGCAUUGAUGCUGCUGGAAAGAAGCCAGGAAAUUGAGUUUUUUGCGGCUGGUCUUUGGGAAGGAGCUCCACAGAACCAUCUUGUUAAUACUCUAAAGUUGGCACUUGGAUGUUCAGCUGAGAUCAAAGCUACCAGGCCUGCAAUGAGACAAGUUGUUGAUAUACUAACGAGAUUUACACCUGCUCCGGGGUAGAUGAUACACUCGAUAGACUCCAUAGUUAAAUAUAAAGAGAACAUCAGAAUUAUAACUGUUGCAACCGAAUAAAAAAAUUUCCAACCUGUAUUUGAUGUCUAUGUUACCCGCU